CAUGGCACUACGGCCGCGGUGACGCAGUCUGGGCGGUAGCCGCGUGGAAUAGGGGCGGUGGUGAGGAUUCGACGCGGCUUGUGAGGAAGCCUAUUUGCAGUCAUGACUGUGAUGGAGUUCUUUGGAUGUGGCCUUCUGGCAUUUGGACCACCUCUGGCUAUGUUCAUCAUUACCAUUGCCAAGGAUCCUGUGAGAAUUAUCAUUCUGAUGUCCAGUGCCUUUUUCUGGCUGCUGUCACUACUCUUCUCAUCACUCAUCUGGUUCGCGGUUGUGCCACUCAGAAGUGACCUGGCAUUUGGCAUGGUCUUCUCCGUUCUCUUGCAGGAGCUCUUCAGGUUUCUGCUCUACAAGUUGCUGCGCUUGGCUGAAAAUGGUCUGAAGAAAGUCACAGACAAUGACCAGGUGGUCACCAAUCCACACAUCAUGGCAUAUGUGUGUGGGCUUGGAUUCGGCAUGAUGUCGGGCGCCUUCUCGCUGGUGAACGUGCUGGCGGACGCUGUCGGACCAGGCACAAUGGGGCUGCGCGGCCACUCGUCCUUCUUUUUCCUCGUCUCGGCCGUGCUCACCCUCUGCUUUAUCCUGCUCCACACCUUCUGGGGCGUCAUCUCCUUCAGCGCGCUCGACCGUCGCCAGUACCUGCAGCUGGCGUUCGUGCUCGUCUCUCAUCUCGCCCUUUCUUCGCUGACGUUGCUGAACGCCAGCCAGCUGUACGCGGCGACAGUAGUGCCGGCCGUUGUGCUGACGCUGGUGACCGGGUACGGUGCCCUGCUCAUCACCGGCGGCUCCGGCGACCGACUGCUGGCCUGUCUGCGGCCCCGGCCCACCCAGCUGCAGGUGCCAGCACCGCCGCCGCCCGACAGGGAGUAGGUCCGGCCGCUGCCGUUUCAUGGAGAGUCUGUCGGUCGUGCUCUGUGUCGCUACCCAACAGAGCAGGGCGGACUUCACUGUUGCUCUGCGGUGACAGGGCCAGACCGCACCGCUGCCGUGCGGUGACGACCAGACCGCACCGCUGCUGUGCGGUGACGGCCAGACCGCAUCGCUGCCGUGCGGCGGCAGGGCCGGCCCGUACCACUGCCGCCAGGGAGCAGGACGAGCGCGCCCCCCCUGAGCGGUGUGACCAGGUCACUCCGGGACGUGGCCCCGGUCACACCGUCCGUACACCGUCUACCCCCUUGUUCCGACGCAGCUGUGGCCGGACCAGUGCAGUCCAGGUACGCCUCGGCCCUGACCCGGGGGCCCAGCCGCCACACAGACGUGUGCUGGCUGAGGUCUGGCCCUGCUGUCGGCGCCACACUACCCUCGUAUUGUUCCGGCUUAUGUCUUAAAGGUGAUUCCAUGUAUCGGCGCCCAUAGGCAAUUAAUGCUAAUAUGAUCAUUGCAAGUAGUUUAAGUACAUGCUUUUCAGAAAUGUGUUAAGUCAGCUUGUCCGGUACCUGCGCUGUACACAUUUUAGUGAAAAAUAAUGCUUUUCUGAUACGGUCCGGGGUGGAAGCGUGUAAAAUGUAUGUACCAUGCUUAUACUGUGUGAGCGUGAAUGAUGCAAGAUAAUUGUGUGAUGAACUGUGAUGUCAUAUCUUGUAUGCUGUCGCUUGCAUUGCAUAUUUAUUGUCACAUUUCUCUGGUCUCCAAUAUAAAAUUUGCGUUUGGCGGAAAUGUAUCGCCCCUUUUCCCGUAAUAGGUAUUAAUGUCGUCACAUUACUUUAAUCACAGACGCCGGAGGCAUUAUGCUCUGUUGUGCAAGAGUCCGUUGUGCUCGUUUCAGACCCCCCUCGUUCCUACCGCGUCUUCAUGUGACGUCAGACUGGAAUAUCCGGCUGACGCGCACCCAUCCUGAGCCAUUCCUCCGCAUCCUUCCGCGUCUUCGUGUGACGUCAUACUGGAAUAUCCGGCUGACGCGCACCCAUCCUGAGCCAUUCCUCCGCAUCGAGCAAGUGGAGCCGGUGGUGGUCGUGAGGCCCAACCGGCAGCGCUGGCUCUCUGGCCGUCACUGUCUGGCGCUCGGACGUCAGGAUGCUUCUUUCACGUGUGUUGAAUACACUCUUAUGUA